GCGCUUGCCGGCCACAAUCCCCGGUCUUUCUUUGGGCAGCGAGAGCAGGGGUGAGCAUCAAGCUCGGUGGAUGAAUGUCAGAGGCUACAAGACCACGAUUGGCUCAAGGUGCGGGUGGUGAAGAUCAAUCUCGCCUCAUUGCAAAUGCAAGAUGAUGGGGUUCCCAAUUUUGUGCCUGUCAACAGAGUCCCCUUCACGGAUAAAGGAGGGCCCACCAAAGCAGAAUCCAUGUGUCGGGGCAGUGGAGAGGCGAUUUGCAAAAAAAGGGUAAAUCAACAGGCACCCCUCGUGUUCGGGCCAUCACUUUCUGCAGUGACGAGCUCGUGCUUCAGCCUGUGUUGGGUCAACACCGCGCCAAGGUUAAUCAACAUGAUCUCAUUGCGUGAGCUCUCUCUUUGCUUUUUCCUUUUUUCUUUUUUCGCUUUGCCUCUCACCCUGAUUGGGCGUGUGGGUUUCGGUUCCAACGAUUGGUCAUGCGUUGCACCAAAGAGUGACCCAGCUUUUCUGGGAGGAAGAACAUCGACAGGAUCCGUCAAAGUCAAACAUUGCUAGAUAUCCUCGAGUUCUUUGCGCCUAGAAAUGGAUCAGAAUCAUAAAACUGGAGCCAUGAGCAUUUGAGUUUCGGAGAGGAAUUC